CUCCAAACAACACAAUGUCUUCUGAGCGUUCUAUCACUUGCAUUGUAGACUGGGUUGAUUGUAAAACAGGUCUUUAACUGUCAAUUUCUGAAAGUCGAAAACUACAAAGACUACGUCUCUUGGUUGCAAUUAUUCCCCCAUUUUAAGAUGGCAAUCAUUAGUCCUACGCCGACCUCUCAGUCAGAAUUACAAGAUGGAGUCCGGCAGCAAAUCUCGGAACGAAAUUGUGCGGUAUCUGGCACGCCUUGCAAGGAAGACUUUGGUUGGCGAAAAAUUGUCAGACAUUUCACACCUUCAUGGUUCGCAGUUAAUAUGGGAACAGGAAUAACCUCGAUUUUGCUUCACAACCUCCCUUACAACACGACAUGGAUUUCAAAUGGCGUCGCAGUCGCGUUUUUCAUUCUUAACAUUUCUCUCUUCACUGUCUUUACCGCAAUCACAGUUUUGCGCUAUGCGCUAUAUCCUGAAAUAUGGAGGGCUAUGGUCACUCAUCCUGCUCAGUCCAUGUUCCUUGGCUGCUUUCCUAUGGGAUUUGCAACCAUCAUAAAUAUGAUGGUCUUUGUAUGCGCACCCAUCUGGGGUCAGUGGGUCGUUUCCUGGGCCUGGGGGCUUUGGUGGUUGGACACCGCUCUGUCUUUGGCGACAUGCAUAACGGUGCCGUUCGUCAUGAUCCAUCAACACCGCCCGGGACUCCAGGCAGUAACAGCUGCUAGUCUGCUGCCCAUCGUCCCGGUUGUGGUCGCAUCAUCGACUGGCGGUAUAGUUGCCGAGGCCCUUGUCAACCCAGACCAUGCCUUCAUCACACUCAUCGCCUCCUACAUCCUCUGGGGCAUCGGUAUCUGCUUUUCAGGCAUGGUGCUAGCGCUUUACUUCCACCGCCUGACCAUACAUAGUCUUCCAUCCAAGGAAGCCAUCGUCUCCGUCUUCUUGCCCAUCGGGCCCCUGGGUCAAGGUGGUUUCGGCAUACAGCAGCUAGGAAAAGUGUCUCUCAAGCUCCUCCCACAGACCACGGUCUUUAAAACGGCUGCUCCAGGAGCCAUACAUGGCGGAGAGAUUCUCUACUUCUUGGGCAUCUUCUUGGCAUUAAUCAUGUGGGGCUUCGCUCUGGUAUGGUUGUCUUUUGCGCUCAUCAGCAUCGGGACGAUGCAAAAGUUUCCGUUCAACAUGGGAUGGUGGGGGUUCACCUUCCCUCUUGGCGUUUUGGCGACUUGCACAGGUAUGCUCGCUCAGGAGUUGGAUAGUGCGUUUUUCCGGGUCAUGACCAUGAUAUUCUCGCUUUCCGUUUGCUGUCUUUGGUUGCUAGUAGCUGUUGGAACGCUCCACCAAGCCAUAUCUGGCGAAAUAUUCUUCGCGCCCUGUUUGAAAGACCUGAGGGACAAGCAAGCGCAAGGCGGUUCUGAUCGGAGAGUCUGAGCAGCCUAGGAGACCAAGGGACUUUGCUACAUCCUACAAAUUUACCGGGCAUAUUUUUAAGACGGUAUUCUUCAGCUUUCCAAAGGGUUUCAGUCCUAUUGGAUCCUCCGGGAGUCGUUUCACUGCUCUUCUUGUCUUGAGCUUCAAAGUGAGGGGCGCAUCUUACGUUGCGCUAGGCAGAUGGAUAGACGCUUCGUGUCCCCUCUGCUGGCCACACCUAGGCCAGCUUCCAGCAUGUCAAAUUUAGCGAUCCCAGGUCUACUGUACGAACACGACGGCCGCAGCCUUUCCCUUUGAAUAGUGUCUUUGAUGUCCAGUUGUACUCUGGCCAAGGUAGUGCACAUACUUAGUUACUCCUU